GACAAUUCAUUGCACGCAAGCCGUGUUCUCGCGGCAAGCGAUCCAUGUGGCUCAUCCUUGCGGGACUCGCUUCAGCGGUGGCGAGCCAGGAGCCUCGCCGGUUGGUGGUCUCCGCAGAUGUUUCCAGACUCUACGAGCGCCUGUCCGCAGCGCCGCCGCGGACGGCACUGGCGCUGGCGUAUCUGCUUCAUGAGCCUGAGGUGCAGUUGCUGGCGGUUGCUGCGGGCUUCGGCGGCAGCAGCACCUACCAGCGAUGGUUCAGCCCCAACCCAUGCCAGGCGGCCGAGCGCUUCCUUUCGGAGAUGGGCUCAAGCGUGCCUGUUGUGUGCGGCUCCAAAGUGGGCUUCCUGGAUCACAACAGAGCAGACGACAGCCUUACACAGCUGAUGCAAGGCGGUGCUUCCUGGCUCGUGCUGGACUCCUGGGCGGCCGCCGCCGCGGUGACCAUGCCCUCCAUGAAGUGCCGCGCCCUGAUCUCCGAGUUCCUUCUGCCUGGGCCGGGGGUUCUCUUCCACGGGAACUCGGUGAGCGGCCCCUUCUCCCACGUCUCGGACGCCUCCAUGGGCUCGCCAGGUGUGCUGCUGCGGGCUUGGCAGGACUCCUUUCAGGAGGCGCGGCCUCGCCUACGUGUCUUGGGCCUGGCCAGCGGCUGGCGUCAGGCGGCGCUGCACCGGCACAGCCUGGCGUGCCGAGGAUCCUGGAUCCAUCGGCGUCUGGACCAAGGCGCGGUGGUGGGCAUCUUCUACGACCACGCCAUCCGCUUGGCGAGGUCCGUGCGCUUCGGACCCAUGAGCACUGCGCUGCAAGGCAUUGUGCACCUGGCCUUCCCGCAGGACGAUCAGGCGCCACUCCUGGCCGCCGCAGUUCUUUCGGAGCCCCCAUUGCGCUGCGCGCGGCUUCGGCUCGCCGAGACCACUGCCGGUGAGGUACUGCUCGAGGAUUGCCGCGGGCAGCACCAAGAGGACCCCCCUGACAGUGUCUACGUUUCAGUGCAGCUGGUUUCCGAUGGAUCCUCCCUUCUUCAACACCUGGCAGACCGCCUGUGCAGUGUGAAGAGGGCCUCAAAUGCUUCAGAAGAGCUUUGAUGGGAA